UGUAUUAGCGAACCUAAGACAGCUGGGUUGUUGCACAAAUUAGCAAGUUUUUGAAGUACUUUAAAUCCUUCGACACAAGGUCUGGGUGCACAGUUCUUGCAGGCAUUUUUGGAAAGAAGGGAGAACAACAAUGUGUAUGCGUGUCGUAGAACGAAUUGCAAUCAGUGAGUGCUAUCAACUGCCAGAAACGGAGCCGUAAUCACGUUUAUACCCCUUGUGAAAUCGACAACAAAGGCCGCCUAGGCCCAUCUCAGGCAUCGGAUCCAGGUUGGAGGCACUAACUAGUGACUUUGUAGAGAGACUGCGUCGGGGGCAGAGUCUGGUUGUUGGUGCUGUGCGGUUCGCAAAGGACUCAAAAUUGAUAGAAACAACAAAAAGGCAGCUGCAACUGGUGCCUCUUCCGAGGACCAGCCGCCGCGCAAAAGGGGUCGUCGCUCAGGAGGCUCCACAUCCUUGUCCGUUUCCCCCGCCACUGCCGCUGAAUCAGUAGAUGCGGCAGCAUCGACAUCAAGAGCGGCUCAGCAGUUACAGCAACAAUUAAACUCCACUUCGACUGGCUAUAUCGCGGAACCAACAGGAAAUCCCAGCAGAGGGCUAAACCGCAAAUCGACAAAUACUAACAAGAGGCCAAGGGAUCAUAGUAGCAGCAGCAGCAACACCAACAGUAAUAUACCCGUCUCUGAAGCAAAAAACCGUACUGGAUCGAACAUGCAGAGUACCACUUCCACAUCGAGCGGCUCCUGCUCCAGGCCAUUAGACGGCUCUGCUUUAAACUCUGGCAGCAGUGUCGAGAACGUGGCCCGCGAGGGCAUCGGCAGCGGCGAUGACAGUGCCGGUGUCGGGGACGAGAAUCCUUCGGGCAGCAGCGCCGCAACCAACGGACACGACGCAAAACACAAUGGUUUCGCUGUCAAUAACAAUGGCAGUGGCAGUUGUAUUGUCGUCGAUGGCGAGAACAAUCGCGAGAACACCAGCUACAGCGGCGUGCAGCUUGACAAGUCUAACCAGGAGAUCAUCCGGCUGAUCGGUCAGUAUCUGCACGACGUUGGCCUCGACAAGUCAGUCAAGACGCUAAUGGUUGAGUCUGGCUGCUAUUUGGAGCACCCUUCUGCCACCAAGUUCCGGGAGCACGUCCUAAUGGGCGACUGGUCCAAAGCUGACUCUGACCUCAAGGACCUAGAGCCACUAAUAGAUAAUGGCAAAUUGUCAACGAUCACCGAAAUGAAGUUCAUACUACUGGAACAAAAGUAUUUAGAGCAUUUGGACGAUGGCAAUCCCUUGGAUGCAUUGCACGUUCUUCGCAGCGAGCUAACGCCACUGCAGCACAACAUAUCGCGUGUGCACCAGCUCUCCUCGUACAUGAUGUGUUCCACCAACCAGGACCUAUAUCAGCGCGCCAAGUGGGAGGGCAAGGGCAUCCUGUCCAGAGCAUUGGUCAUGGAGCGGCUGCAAACGUUCAUGCCGCCGUCGGUAAUGAUGUCACCUCGGCGCCUACGCACUCUGCUGCAGCAGGCCGUUGAGCUGCAGAGCCAGCACUGCCCCUGCCAUGACAUGGCGUGGGAGACAAAUCUACAGACGGUGUCGCUCCUUACCGACCAUUGCUGCACCACAGACGGCUUUCCCAUGCAAACCAUCCAGAUUCUCACUGAUCACUGCGACGAAGUAUGGUUCUGCAAGUUCUCACCCGAUGGCCUCAAACUGGCAACGGGCAGCAAGGACUCCACUGUGAUUAUUUGGGACGUUGAUCCGUACAAGCUAACCCUUAAGCACCGGCGCGUGCUUGACGGUCAAACCCAGCUCAGCGUUAGUUUCGUCAGCUGGAGCCCUGAUUCAAAGCUCGUUCUCGUUGGCGGCACUGAGGAUUCUCACGAACUGUACAUCUGGAACGUGGACGAUGGCAAGCUGGUUGUCAAAUUCUCACAGUCGCUGGAGGACAGCUUAGCCUGUGGUGCCUUCAGUCGCGAUGGCGCUCGCUUCGUGUGCGGCGGUCAAAAGGGUCAGCUCUACCUCUGCGACCUGAACGGCACCAUUGUGGACUCCUGGGAGGGGGUUCGCGUCAACAGCAUAGCCUUUCGAGCGGACAACAAGACGAUCUUAGCAGCUGAUAAUCACUACCGUAUCAGAGGGUACAACUUCGAUAGCCCGCGCUCAGACUUUGAUAUUCUGAGGGAACCACAUCCCAUCAUGACAUUCAGCAUAAACUCCGCCGACCGCUUAGCAUUGCUGAACGUUUCGAACCAAGGACUUCAUCUUUGGGACAUUGAGGACAAGUGUUUGGUACGUCGUUUUCAGGGUAUACGGCAGAGCAACUUUGCUAUCCACUCUUGCUUUGGCGGCGUCAACGAGAGCUUUGUGGCCAGUGGCAGUGAGGAUAAGGUGGUCUAUAUUUGGCACAUUAAACGCGAAGAACCACUGGCGAAACUGGCCGGCCACACCAAAACGGUCAACUGCGUUUCAUGGAACCCUGUGUACCCGUCCCUGCUCGCCAGCGCCAGCGACGACGCGACUGUCAGAAUUUGGGGGCCGAAGCCCAACGGCAGCAACGCAACGACUGAGAGCGACGAUAGCUCUUCUAGUUCGUCUUCGUCCUCGUGGAAUAUGACUUAAAAAGAUCGCAAACUGUAGCAAAUUUAUGUAUGUGUUUGACGGAUAGAUAUGCUGAUUUAGUUAUAUAGUGCGCCCGCCCUGCCCUAAUUCGGUAUAUGUAAGGGCUAAUUGCGCGUCGGUGUCGUCGUUGCUACAAACUGCCAUUACAACAAUAUGUAUGAGCAGCAUGACUUACGAUUAGCAUUAAUUACUUAAGUACAUUCAUACGAAAGGAGAGGCAUAACAUCAUAUCUACAACGCCCUAUAUGCUGCAACAGGAAAUCAGUUUGUUCUCAGAUAUGUAUCUUUUUGUGUGUACUGAUACGCAACACGCUAAUUAAUUUUUCCUCGAACCACAUAUAUUAUUGACUAUUUUCGAGCUUUUAAUUUAAAGAAGGCGGAUUGGUUGACGACCCUGCUUGGUUUUAAAUUCAUUGCCAUUUGAUUCGUUCAAUACAGUUUCCAAAAUUUAGUAUGUAACUUAUUUGACGUAUUUCAUAACCAACAGACACAAUAAAAAUUAGUUCUAUAUAUGUUUUUAACA